CUCGUCUAGUCGUUUGAUAUGGCAGAAGAUGGGAAGUUCCGAAUUGAGAAGUUCGAUGGUACAGAUUUCAGUUGGUAGAAGAUGCAAAUUGAAGAUUUACUAGUUCAGAAAGAUUUGGACGUGGUAUUGGGUGACAAGCCAGAAAAAAUGUCGGAUGCAGAUUGGGCAGGUUUGGAUCAGAAAGCUAUGUCUGUGAUCCGUCUCUCGUUGACCAAGAAUGUUGCGUUCAACAUUCUGAAGGAGAAGACAGCAAAGGAAAUUAUGGAAGUGCUGUGUAACAUGUACGAGAAGCCAUCUGCAGCGAACAAAGUUUUUCUGAUAAGAGAGCUGGUGAACACAAAAAUGAAAGAAGGCACUUCAGUUACCGAGCAUAUCAACAAGUUGAAUUCGAUCUUAGCCAGACUAUUGUCAGUGGGCAUUAAGUUCGAUGAUGAAGUUACAGCGGUUACCGGUUCAGUGGGACCUGAUGGAUUCACCUUUGAUCAGAUUCGAGAUCUCGUUCUUGGCGAGGAUGUCAGAAGAAAGAGUUCAGGGGAGUCAUCUGGUGAAUUGCUUCAUGUUGGUAGAGGCAGAAGGAAUAGCAGAGGUAGUGGGAGCACGAACAGACGAAGGAGUCAGUCGAAGACUCGGGAUAGCUCAGGUGUAACGUGCUGGAAGUGCAAUGAGGUGGGGCAUUUUAGGAAUCAAUGCCCGAAUGAUAAGAAAGUGAACAUUGCUGAAGGCUCCGCGAGUGAUGAAGAGGUCCUUCUUACUUGUUGUGCGGAGAGCAGUGUAGAUUCCUGGGUCAUUGAUUCUGGUGCUUCAUAUCAUGCUACCCACAGCGGUGAAGAAUUGCAGAAUCUGGUUAUUGGUGACUUUGGAAAGGUACGACUUGCAGACGAUAGAGCUCUUGAGGUGACGGGCAUGGGUGACAUAGUGCUGAAGACCCCAGUCGGUUUCUGGACUUUGAAGGAUGUCAGAGUUGUUCCAGCCUUGAAGAAAAGUUUGAUUUCUGUCAGGCAGUUGGACGAACAGGGACACGAGGUGAAGUUCAGAGAUGGGCAGUGGAAGGUUGUGAAGGGAAAUCUUGUCAUGGCCCGCGGAAGGAAGAGUGGUUCGUUGUAUAUGGUCGAGUUACCAUCUGAGGGACUGACCGCCCCAGUUCAGAAGAGAAACAAAGUCCGGUUCACAGAGUCUCGUGGGCUGAAUAAGGUUGUCUAUGCAAGAGAGAAACCUAGAGCCACAGGUCAGACUCAGGAUGAACGAGCGAGGAAAGGUUCAAGGAGGCAGUCAGAGGGCUGCUGCAACAGAAGAGCUGAGGAAGAUUACUCGAUGUACAGGCAAUCGUGGUGGAUGGCAGUUGAUGACUAUCAAGCCUCCAAGUGGGAGAAUGUUGGGUUUGUCCUCCGAACCCGAACUGAACAUCCGGGCCAGGAGAACCUCACUGAACCAGCUCCGACCAGUGAGGUGGGGCAGGGAGGAGCGGGUAUGCAUGGACAAAGGAAAGAUGAGGGAUGGAUAUGGGUAAAGGCUAGAAGACAACACAAAAGUGACAUUCACCCAGUGGGCCAGGUCAAUCAUCCAGCUCCUUCUUUUCCUUACAAACCCAUUGCCCAACGUAAAAAUUCCUCCCAUCCUUCAAAACAUAGGGAUACAUCCAACAAAGGAAAAAAUGCAACCCAUCAACCCACUGAAAUUAUGGCGGGGCCACAUUCUCACCAUAAUGUUGAUGAUUGGGAAUCAUUUAUGCCAUCCAUAGAAAUCAUCCAGGAAGAACAGCCACUCCUUAAUCUGGUUCGUGGUGACCCAUCUGCGUUGGACCCCUCUCCUUCCAAGGUAGUGGAAGAAUGCCCCUUCCCAGAUCUCUCUUAUCUUAUGGUGGAAAAGCCAAUGCGCUGCAUGGACAUCAUCCCCUUCAUCUCACAGCUGGACUCAACUCCUGACAAAAAGGAACCUUUCCAGCCAACUCCCGGUAGCAAAGAUGACUAUUGGACUCUCACACAUCUGGACUGCAAUUGGGAAAAUCAUGAGCAAGAGGAUCAAGAAGUGGAAAAUAUUCCUAUCUUGUGUCACUCUGAGGGUGAAGAGGAUGAUGUGCCUUUCAUCACUGGAAAACUGGUUCCUUUGGAAGUGGACCUCAACAACUGCUCUCAAGUCUCCUUUCCAAUCCCUAAACCCACAAAAGCGAAGAAACAAAUCUCCCCCCCCCCAGUAGUAGGACUACUUUUCCUCAAGAGGAAGCACAACCUGGACUUCUUAUGCAUCAUUGAACCUAUUGUACAUGCCUCCCAGAUUCGAUCUUAUAUUCUUAGCCUGGGUUUCUCUCAUCACCUUUCAUCUCAAAACAACAAACUUUGGAUCUUUUGGAAUGCUCAAACCCUAUCCCUUCUGUCCUAUAAAGAGGAAUCACAAGUUACUCAUUGUGAAUUCUCUUUGGACUAUAGCUCUACCUCUUUUGUUAUUUCCUCAGUAUAUGGUUCACAUACUGAGGCAGGCAGGAAAACCCUCUGGUCCAAUCUCCAAAAUUAUCAGCCCUUGCAGAAUAAUUGGAUAAUAGGAGGUGAUUUCAAUGCCAUAACAUCACUCCUGGAAUCCAAAGGAAAAUGUAUUCCUAGACAACAAGGUAUGGAGGAUUUCCUCAACUGCAUCAACAACUACAGGCUUAUCUGUCCAGAACCAAAAGGUUCUAUCUUCACUUGGUCAGGAGUACGCAGUCAAGGUAGAACCUGGCGCAGACUUGAUAGAAUUUUACUCAACCUAAACACUUUGGCUUUCUUUGAGGAAGUGGAACUUUUUCACCUUCCAAGGGCAAACUCAGAUCACAAACCACUGCUCCUCAUAUGCAACGGGCAGUGUCACUCAGGCCCAAAGCCUUUCAAGUUCUUAAAUGUCUGGACCCAUCAUGAUUCCUUCAUGGAUACUGUCAAAAGUUCUUGGCACAACACACCCACUUCUGGAGGCAUGAGGGGGCUAAUCUUUAAACUCAAAAAUUUAAAGAUUGCUCUGAAGGAAUGGAAUUCUUCCCACUUUGGAAAUAUCUUCCUUAAACUGGAAGAAGCUGAGAAAAAAGCAGCCAAAGCCCAGGAGAAAUUUGAGAAUGAUCCAACAGACCAUAACUGUGAAAUGGCACAACAAGCAAAUGCUCAACUCAUCCAUGCUGUAAACAUUGAGGUGGCAUACUGGAAACAAAAAGCAAACAUCAAGUGGCUUGAGAAGGGAGACACAAACUCCAAAACAUUUCAAGCCUUUGUUAAGGGGAAGAGGCAGAAGCUGAAAAUCAACCAUAUCCUGUCUUCUGAGGGCAAAGGUCUCUUUUCCCAAGAGGACAUAAAAAAGGAAGCAAUUGCCCAUUUUCAGAAGGCCUUCUCAUCCAGUCCCUGUGGUAUUAUGGAGCCUAUCCUUUCUAAUAUCCCAGCUGUCAUCACCCUUGAAGAUAAUGCUCUGUUAACUUCCCUUCCUUCCUUGGAGGAAGUAAGAGACACAAUCUGGAGCCUUGAUGGAGACAGUGCAAGUGGUCCUGAUGGGUUCAAUGGUAAUUUCUUCAAACAUUGUUGGCCUAUUAUUAAACAGGAUGUCCUGCUGGCUUCUCAAGAGUUUUUCCUAGGUCUUCCUAUUCCAAAAGGUUAUGGAAGCACACAUAUAUCUCUUAUCCCCAAGAAAGAAAACCCUAAAAGGUUUGAUGAUUUCAGGCCCAUCUCUCUCUCAACCUUCAUGAGCAAAAUUAACACCAAGCUGGUUGCAAACAGAUUAAAGAUCCUGCUUCCAAAAAUCAUCUCAGAAGAACAGGCCGCCUUCCAAAAGGGGAAAUCCUGUGAUGACCACAUCCUUCUGACAAAGGAAGCUUUACAUCACAUUGACAAAAAGGUGUUUGGGGGCAAUGCAAUCAUCAAAAUUGACAUGGCCAAAGCCUUUGAUAGGAUGGAUUGGGGCUACCUUGAACACAUCCUCAAGGGUUUUGGUUUCUCUGAUUUGUCCAUCACUAUUCUCAUGGCAAACCUUAAAAACACCUACAUCAGUAUUCUCAUAAAUGGGGAACCCACUGGUUUUUUCAAGCUGGAAAGGGGGGUAAAACAGGGCGACCCCCUAUCCCCUCUUCUCUUUAUUAUUGGAGGGGAAGGGUUAUGCAGACUUAUUAACCAUCACAUGUCUUCUAAUUUUAUUAGCAGGUUUAAUGUGGGCAGUGUACCUAUGGUGAGUCACUUCAUAUACGCAGAUGAUCUCAUCAUUUUCACAAAGGGUGACAUCAGAAAUCUGUUAAGAAUCAAAGCAAUUCUCAACGAAUACUUCUCAGCCUCUGGUCAAGAUAUGAACAAUAGCAAAAGCAGAUUCUACACCAACAAAUCUACAAAGUCUGUCCAAAUUCAGAAGAUGGAGGAGGCACUAAACAUUAAAGCUGGUCAUUUACCCUUCACAUACUUGGGAUCUACUCUCUGCAAAGGAAAUCAGAAAUCCUUCAAAGGAAUCCUCAGGCUGAUCAUACCAGCGAUCAUCACUUGGUCACUUUGGAAAGCAAGGAACACCUCCCUCUAUGAAGAGAAACUCAUCUCCCAGAUCUCGGUUAUGCAGCAGAGCUUCCAGCUGAUCCAAAGCUGGUGCUGGAUUAACAGAAAUCGCAAGUGGAUUAUCUACGAUCAAGACUUCCAAGGGCUGUCCGACUGUCUGGGCUCCUGGGCCGGCUGGUUUGGGCCAUUAGGCCGGCUGCGUUGGGCCGACAAUGAGGGGCUGCCCGAGCGGGUAGCGUGUUGGGGCUUCUGGGUCGGUCGGGCGGGUUGUCGGGCUGAUCUGGUAGUAAAUGGUACUGUUCCGGCGGGUGCAACGGGCCUGAGGAUGAAGUCCUUGGUCUCGAGUUCACGACACAGGAUGGCAUCGAACAACACGAACGGUCAUUCCAUCAACCUGCGCUAUAUCCUCGAGAGCCAAAAGCUCUCAGGGGAAAACUUUAUUGACUGGGCGUUAAUUCUCCGAAUCGUUCUUGAACUAGAGAGGAAGCUCUAUAUCCUUGAUAAAGAGACUCCAAAUGCACCCGCGGCCAACGCACGCGCUGCCAAACUCGCUUCUUCCCAGAAGUACGAGGACGACAAGCGCGACGUGAAGUGCAUCCUAGCCAGCAUGAUCCCGGAGCUUUCUCCACAAGAACAUGGAAGUGUGCCCCAUGAUGCAGCGCUUGAGAGACCUUUACCAAGUUGGCUUGUUCUUCUCAAUCUAAUCGGCCUGAUUGAAAUGCUUGAAAAAUUGGAGGCCCCCUUGCACCCAGUGCUUGCAAUUGAUCUCAUAUUGGGAGCAUUGCCACCAGAGUAUGGUCAAACUAUCGUGAAUUUCUAUAUGAACAAACUCGACAUGACCUUAGCUGAGCUGUUGAAAUUCCUUACCACCACUGAGGAGAGUCUUGGGAGAGGAAAGGCAAAGCACGUCCUAAUGGUGGAGGACGGUGCAUUGGCAGAGAAAGGUGGGUCACGUCCACUAGCCGGGAAAAGAGGCAAGGGGUCCAAGAACCCCAAGCCUCUACGCCGAAGCCUAAAGCGGGAGUCCAGAAGAAGAAGAAAGUCGUUGUGGCUGUUUGUUACCAUUGUGGCAAAAGAAGCCACUGGAGGCGCAAUUGUGCAAAGCUUGUGGCAGAGAGGAAAGCGGGAAAACAGCCUGUCACCUCAGGAUCUGCAUGAGGUGAGCAGUGUACAAAGGGAGAGGUUCAAUUUAGAGUCGGCAAUGGAGCAGUUGUCAAUGCGUUGGCCGUUGGAACCUAUAACUUACCUCUUCCUAGUGGUCUUAUGUUGCAAUGAAACAAUGUUUUGUCUAUGCCUGCAAUUAGCAGGAAUAUUAUUUCUGUCUUCUGCCUUGACAAAGCAGGAUAUUCCAUUGUUCUGGCAAGAUUUACACGUGUCACCUUCGAAAUUUGAAAGCAUGAUUGCGCUGCUUGGGAGACGCAACGUCUCUGUACUGUUCCUUUGUCAGCCGUCCGUGACGAUUCGCAAUCGUACGCCGGUGGUUUGUUUUGAGGAGAUGUACCAACAAGAUCCCUCGCUCCGCCCCGAUGGUAUGAUAGGAGGAGUUGACCACUCUAGGGUUCUGAGUGCGGUGCCUCUCCGCACGUCGAUCACCGUGGCGUCGUCGUCCCGGGCGUCGCCUUUGAAGGGGAAAAAAUCGAAGGCCAUCAAGGGAAAGACCCGGAAAUCUUUACCCGUUACCGCGCUGGCAACGGGAAGUUGGCGGCUACUCCGUGUCCCGGCUGAGGAAGUGGUCAGGCUGCAGGUCUUGCUGAGAGAGUCGGAGGAGUCAGCCUCCCAACUGACGGCUUCCAUGGCCGGACUUGAGGGUCGCUUGCGCCAGUCCGAGGGCCGAAUAGCCGAGAUGGAUGUUGAGCUGGCCGAGGCUGUCUCCCUGCAACGGUCCCUGCAAGCGGAGCGAGAUCGGGCAGUUGCUGAAAAAGAGCAAGCCGUUGCUGAGAGAGACCAAGCCAUUGCCGAGCAAGAGCGAGCCGUCUCUGACUUCCUUCAGCCCCCUGCCUUCAAGGAAGCAUGCAUGGAAAAAUUUGCUGACUACUAUGACAGCUGGAUUGAGACCAGGGCCGGCAUAAAGAAGAUGGGAAAGGAGGGGCCGAAGUGGCUCGAGACCGGCGUCUACCAUGGGAUCCAGCUCGUCCUUCGGCGAGUGAGAAGAGUAGAUCCAUCCUUCCCUCCGCCCGGGGUUGACAUCCCAAACAUGCACGACCCUGAUCUGAAUGAUGAGCUCGGGGAGAAUCCGGAUUACUUUGGGAUGCCUCGCCGAGAGGACAAAGACCUAACCACUGGACCGUCGCACUGUUUCACCCACGUGUCACUACAAACAGUUCCAAUUCCAACCACCGCGACUGUUCACCUAUCUUAUCCCUUCGUUCUUGGGCCUAUAAAUUUACCCUCCCCUUUGUGCUGUGAACUCAUCUCUCCUCACGUCAAUUGUGUUAACGUUUCCAUGGCUUCCAAUAACUUGAGAGAGGUUGUUCCUUCGUCUUCUCAAUCAAAGGCCGUCCGUCGUCCCCCUCCUUCUUCGUCGGAGGACGCCGAAUCGCGUACAUGCUCCUGGUGGUACCGUGCAAAGAGGUUGGAAAGGCGCAUUGAACGUCUGCAAAGACUCCUGAAUUACCUUCACGGGGUCCCUCAACGGCCUACGCCUCCGGUUGAGGUCGCUCAGCUGGCUGCAGAUGCCAUCCCUGUGGGUGACAAUCACCCGGAAGAGUCCGUCGGCUCGUCCUAGAUAUCUCUUCCAUGCCCCUUCCCUGUAUACCUACCCAUGGAGGUUUGCAGAAUAGGGGGGCCAUCCACGUCCUUCGGUGCCUGGGCUUUGUUGGUUUUAAGACCAGGGAAAAAGGAGGUCCAUUGGGAGGUAGAGCAUCUUAGGUCUUUUCCUUUCUCAGUGUCGCUGUGUAAUAAAUGUUGCCGGUGUCGCUACUGUAGCAUGUAGGGCGUGUUGUGUAGUAAAUGUUGUAGCUUUCAAAAUACCUUAUAAUGAAAUUUGACUUUGUAC